UUUUUUUUUAUUACAUUUAUGCCACUUAUAAUUAAAUUGCGUACAUUGGUGGAAUGUAGUCCUGUUAGACACAUAAUUCAUGAAAGUUACUUGACGUGUGUGCAGCUGAGUAAAGAUCUUUGUUUUCUGGCCACAAGCCGACACGCUCCAAUAAAACCCCGUUGUUCAUGCCUGGCCGGUGCCUCUCCUGUUUUAUGGCUCAAAUUCCGGAGAAAGAGGCAAAGUGCUCCAUGUGACUGGUGACGUCUCACGCGAGUCAGUCGUACUCUAGAGUUUGUGGAAUAAUCUGUUGCUCAGCUCCAAGGGGAUCCACGGUGGCUCCUUCACGUCCGCUUUGAGGAAGUUCCGAAGUUUAGCCUACUUUUCCUCACAUUUUUUAUCGGGCAAUAGUCGUGAUGUCUGGCGACCAGCAGACGGGACAAGAGGGUAUGAACAUAUACUCUGUAACCCUCAGCGGCCCAGCGCCCUGGGGCUUCAGACUGCAGGGUGGGAAGGACUUCAGUAUGCCCCUCACCGUGUCAAGGCUGACCCCAGGAGGAAAGGCAGCCCAGGCGGGUGUGGGUGUGGGGGACUGGGUGGUGUCUAUUGGCGAGACCAACGCAGAGGACAUGACCCACGUGGAGGCACAGAACCAGAUCAGAGCAGCGUCAGACUCCCUCACCCUCACCCUCAGCAAAGCGUUCAAAGCUGCUGGAGACCACAAGGACUCGCUCACUCCAGCCUCUGCUCAGCCAAAGUACUCGUUCGCCCCCAGCACCACCAUUAACAAGAUGGCACGGCCGUUUACAGCAGGUGGUGCUAGUGCCAACUCAGGACCUGUUAUUAAGCCUGUGGCAUACUCCCCCAAACUAAACACCCCACGUUCACAAGGCUCUGGUGGAGUACAGGAGUCACUGAAUGGCCUCGAGCCAAUUCCCUCACCUGCCAAGGCCCAGGCAGCGAAUAAACCAGAUGGUUCCAAGACAGCAGCUGCAGCGGCGGGCAGCGCAGUCCCGUUCUGUCGCCCACCAUGGGUCACUGAUCCCAAAUUUGCUGAUCGCUUCCACCCGGACAAAACCAGUACAGUGGUGACACAGCACCAGCAGCCUGUCCAGCCCACACCAAUGGAGAGUCGCAGCUCCAUCGUACAGGCAGCUCAACCAGCCCCCCAAAACAGUGGCAGGACACCAGUGUGCGGAGCCUGUAACAAAAUCAUCAGGGGUCGUUACCUGGUUGCCCUGGGGCGUUCGUGGCACCCUGAGGAGUUCACCUGUUCACAGUGUAAAGCCAUGCUGGAUGAAGGCGGUUUCUUUGAAGAGCGAGGGGCUGUUUACUGCACCAAAUGCCAUGACAACAGAUACGCUCCAAACUGUGCUAAGUGCAAAAAGAAGAUCACAGGGGAAAUUAUGCAUGCUCUGAAAAUGACCUACCAUGUCCAGUGUUUUAAUUGUGCAGCCUGUAAGAAUCCAAUUAGAAAUCAGGCCUUUUACAUGGAGGAGGGAGAGCCAUACUGCGAGAGAGACUAUGAGAAGAUGUUUGGCACCAAAUGCCAUGGCUGUGACUUUAAGAUUGAUGCAGGAGACCGUUUUCUGGAGGCCUUGGGCUACAGCUGGCACGAUACCUGCUUUGUGUGUGCACUCUGCCAAAUCAACCUGGAGGGGAAGACGUUCUACUCAAAGAAGGAUAAGCCGCUGUGCAAAGGCCAUGCUUUUGCUCCUGUGUGAGACCUCCGUCUGCAGCACCUUCCACUCUCCUACUUCACUCAAAUGCAUCUUAUAGUGCUCACAUAAACCAAUCAGCCCCAACAUUAUGACCACUGGCACAUUCAGUGAAAAACAUGGUUGUGUGGUGGAUAUACUGUGCAUUUGGUCCUCAAGUCAAAUAAGCAAGUAAACAUAUUCCAGUGUUAUAUGCGACUUUGUGAAAUAUUCAAGAAAAAAAACAUCAUCACCACGGAGAUGACAGGGUUACAUGAAGUGGGUGGUCAUAACAUUAUGGCUGAUUGGCAUAUGUAAAACUUCACAGCUUAUCUUCACUGACAGCACCUAUGUUCAUUUGCAAAUCCACCACAGUAUAGCAGCUUUACUGUACACUACUUGUUGACAUUUUAAGAUGCUUUUCGAUCAGACUUUGUAAAGGACAUUACAGUUAGAACAGACUUUGGUCAUCUGCCUUCUGUGAUCUGAUCCUUGCAAGAUACUGUCUCUUCAGUCAGACGAAGCGAACUGGUGAAGCCAUUGAGCCUGUAAUAAUGUCACUUGCUGCUCUAAUGAUGUACCAUUCGCCCCUCGCUAAGUGCAAGGAAGUAGUGUGCCCCUUUCAGAGUCCUCACCCACUGCCUAUUAAUGUAAUAGGGGUCCAGCCAGGCAGAAAGGGGUCUCCUACCUCGUCUGCAAUGGACCUCUCUGCCCUGUCACGAACUGCCUCUCUUUUCACCACAUGGCAAAGUUAAUGAUCAAUUAUCCAGUGUCUGUGAAUUAUUCAAAAUUGAUCUGUUUUUAAUAGACACACUGGUGACAGCAAAAUGGGCCAUUAUUGGCUUUUUAAAUGUUACAGUGCCUUAAGGAAAGAUGGUUGAAGCCUUGAAUUGCGAACUAGAGACUAAAACAAAUGCAUUCCUUCAUUGUUACCUUGUUUAUGAUAUAGAUUUGUAUUUAUAUGCUUCAGAAUGUUUCUAAGAUUUUUUUUUAUAGCUGCUUUAAAAUAAAAUUUGGUAUUGCUAUUUUAA